AUAAAUGGGGGGGACGCGGUUUUCCUAAACAUGGAAUACCGAGGAAAUUAAGUCGCCGUUCCGUGCACGCAUAUAUCCUCCGACCUGCAAAGCAAAUUUUGCAAUAAAAUCAAUUAGUGUAGUAGACUUUUGGAAGACCCGCAGCUUACCACCGAACGGCGUCGUAUACGUCCUUCAGUAGUAAAUUCCCACUCUUGCUACUACUUUGUAGUCUACGAGAGUACUGCCACUUAAGCGACCUCCAUACUUGGCUGAUCAGAAAAUGUGGAAAGCCUUUGGACUGACGAUGAUGUAUAGCAGCUUGUGGUCACUACAGCGACUUUUGUGGAUGAUCAUACUACUGCUAUUUUCAUGUCACUUCUUGCAUGCUUUCUAUCUUCCCGGCGUUGCUCCUCGCGAUUUUCAAACUGGUGAUUCUCUUCAUGUUAAAGUAAACAAGCUUUCAUCCACGAAGACACAGCUGCCAUACGAUUAUUACUUCCUGGGCUAUUGUAAACCUCCAAAAGUUUCCAACAGUGCAGAGAAUUUGGGAGAAGUUCUUCGAGGUGACCGCAUUGAGAAUUCUAUCUAUACUUUCAAGAUGAGAGAGACAGAGUCCUGCAAGGUGGCAUGUAGAAUCAAACUUGAUGCAGUUUCUGCUAAGAAUUUCAAAGACAAAAUUGAUGACGAUUACCGAGUUAACAUGAUUCUGGACAAUCUUCCUGUGGCAGUUCCUCGGCGAAAGCUGGAUGGAAGCGGAGAAAAAGUUUAUGAACGUGGAUUUCAAGUUGGAUUUAAAGGGAGAUUUGCUGGGAGGAAAGAGAAAAGUUAUUUUAUGAAUAACCAUUUGAAUUUCAAGGUUAUGUAUCACGAGGAUCUUGAGACGGGCACUGCUCGUGUUGUUGGUUUUGAGGUUAUUCCCCUCAGUUUUAACCAUGACUACAAAAAGUGGGAUGAACAGAACACUAAACUUACGACAUACAAACCUGGGAAGCCAACUUUAUUCCGGACAAACUCUGUACCUCAAGAGAUUAUUGCAGACAAAGAACUAGUGUUUACAUAUGACGUUUCAUUUGAGUCCAGUGAUAUCAGAUGGGCGUCCCGUUGGGACUCAUACCUCCAUAUGAAUGGAGAUCAGAUCCAUUGGUUUUCAAUAAUCAAUUCUUUGAUGAUUGUGCUUUUCCUAUCUGGAAUAGUAGCUAUGAUCAUUUUGAGAACUAUAUACAGAGACAUUGCCAACUACAACCAGUUGGAACAAGAUGAAGCACAAGAAGAGACUGGAUGGAAGUUUAUACAUGGAGAUGUCUUCAGGCCACCUGAAAAUUCCAGUUUAUUGUGUGUGCAUGUUGGGACAGGAAUCCAAGUUCUCGGAAUGUCCCUUGUCACAAUGAUAUUUGCUUUACUUGGAUUUCUUUCGCCUUCUAAUCGUGGUGGGCUAAUGACCGCCAUGGUUUUGCUAUGGGUGUUCAUGGGCUUAUUUGCUGGUUACUCCUCAGCUCGAUUGUACAAAAUGUUCAAAGGAACAGACUGGAAAAAAAUGUCAUUGCAAACAGCCUUUAUGUUCCCUGCUUUUCUUUUUGCCAUCUUUUUCGUGCUGAAUGCUCUAAUAUGGGGAGAGAAAUCUUCUGGAGCUGUACCCUUUGGGACAAUGUUCGUCCUUGUGCUUCUCUGGUUUGGCAUUUCAGUACCAUUAGUCUUCCUGGGAAGCUUCCUUGGUUAUAGAAAACCUGCAGUUGAGGAUCCUGUUAAAACAAAUAAGAUUCCUAGACUGAUCCCUUUGCAGCCUUGGUACAUGAAUCCUCUAUUCACUACACUUUUCGGAGGCAUACUUCCGUAUGGUGCAGUGUUUAUAGAGCUCUUUUUUGUCUUGACAUCCAUAUGGCUCUACCAGUUUUAUUACAUAUUCGGAUUUCUCUUCAUUGUCUUUACCAUUCUUAUAGUCACUUGCGCGGAGAUAACCAUUGUACUAGCCUACUUUCAGUUAUGCUCUGAGGACUAUCGCUGGUGGUGGCGAGCCUAUUUGACUUCCGGCUCUUCUGCGUUAUACCUAUUCUUGUAUUCCAUCUAUUAUUUCUGUGCCAAGUUGGAAAUCUCAAAGCUGGUCUCAGGUAUUCUCUACUUUGGUUAUAUGCUGAUUUGGGCUUAUGCAUUUUUUGUACUCACCGGGACUAUUGGCUUCUUGGCAUGCUUGUGGUUUGUUCGGAAGAUAUAUUCUGCUGUAAAGAUUGAUUGAUCACUGCCAAGAAUAAACUCUUGUCAAUCCCACGUCUGUAAAGAUUGAAUUUUUACAGAGACCAAAAUGUUUGGAACA